ACAAAUCAAGCCCAUGCCCCCUCAAGCUCCAGCCACUUGAGAGUCUUUUUAUGGUCAAGAAAGACUCUCUGUGAUUUGAGGAAAAAUGGAGAUUGAGUCAGUUCAAUGUGAGUGUUGUGGGUUGAAAGAGGAUUGCACCCAAGAGUAUAUUAGCCAAGUGAAGGACAAUUUUGAUGGGAAAUGGCUUUGUGGGUUGUGUUCAGAGGCUGUGAGGGAUGAAGUCAGUAGAGGCAAAAAUAAUAAGACAUUUGGGAUGGAAGAAGCAGUGAAGGCUCACAUGUCAUUUUGUGGGAAAUUCAAAUCAAAUCCUGCAGUGAGAGUCGCUGAUGGUAUGAGGCAGAUGCUCAGGAGGAGAUCAGCUGAUUUGGCUGCUUCUUCUCCUUCUUCUUCUUCUUCUUCUUCUUCUUCUUCUUCUUCUUCUAAGAAAUACAGCAGAUCAGCCAGAACUAAGCUGUACUGAUCAUCAUCAUCUUCAAUGGAAGAACAAAGAAAAAAAACAGAGAUGAAGAAACAGAGAGAGGGCUUGUUUGUAUUAAUAAGACUGUCAAACUUUGCCUUGUAUAGAGAGGAUGCUAAUUACUUCGUUAGUCUUUCACUUGAUAUGGGUAUUGCUUUUACUCU